GCUGCGCCCCGGCAGGCCAAGUGCUGAGCAGAGCUGGUGGGCCUGGCAGCCACGUCUGCUGCUACAGCUGCUACUGGGAGAGUCUCCGGCAAGGCUUCCCUCCUCCUGUCCCAGCAUGUGGGGGUGCGGGGCCCGGCUCCUCCUGUCCGUGCUCUUACUGUGCUGUACGCAGCCCCACAACGUCGGGGCCUGGGAUAGCGGUGACCUGGAGCUCUUCGAUUUGGUGGAGGAAAUCCAGCAAAACUUCUACGAGUUCCUGGGGGUGGAGCAGGAUGCUUCAUCUGCUGACAUUCGGAAAGCCUAUCGCAAACUGUCUUUAACGUUGCACCCCGACAAGAACAAGGAGGAAAACGCAGAAACUCAGUUCAGACAAUUGGUUGCCAUCUACGAAGUAUUAAAGGAUGAAGAGAGGAGACAGCGGUACGAUGAUAUUCUUGUUAAUGGCCUCCCGGACUGGCGACAGCCUGUGUUCUAUUACAGGAGGGUGAGGAAGAUGAGCAAUGCCGAGCUAGCAUUGCUCUUGUUCAUUAUUUUCACAGUGGGCCAUUACGCCGUGGCUUGGUCCAUCUACCUGGAGAAGCAGCUGGAUGAACUUCUCAGCAAGAAAAAGAAAGAAAAGAAGAAGAAAGCUGGGGCAAAGACUUUAGAUGAAAUCAAAUCUGGCCAGAUAGAAAAAAAUGAAAGAGUCUCUGAAAAACCACAGUGGCGUGACUUGCUCCCUUUCAAGCUCGGAAUCUGGUUUUAUCUCACAGUCAGAUCACUUCCUCAGCUUUAUCAGGAUGCCAAACAGUAUUAUGCAGAAUAUCAGGAGAAAAAGCUGAAAGAAAAAGAAGAAGCGGAAGCACUUGCAGAACUAGAACUGAUUCAGAAGGAGAAAAAGCCCAAGGUUAAAAAGCCCAAAUCUGAAUUUCCAGUUUAUUCAGCAAGUACAGCUAAUAUCACUGCGCCAGCUUAUGAUCAGAGUGCCAGUAUUGAAGAUAUUGAAGAGCAAAUGGAUGACUGGUUGGACUGUAGAGGUCGAAACCAAAAGAAGAAGGCACCGGAAUGGACAGAGGAAGACCUUAGCCAGCUGACAAGAAGUAUGGCUAAGUUCCCAGGGGGCACUCCCGGUCGAUGGGAGAAGAUUGCACACGAAUUGGGUCGAUCGGUGGCAGAUGUCACAACAAAAGCAAAGCAAGUUAAGGAUGCUGUGUCCUGUUCUUUAGGUACAGUCCGAUUCUCUGAUUUAAAGUGCUCCGCCAAGGCCAGCGUCAGUCUGUCUGACAGUAUCAUCACACACAGAGAGGAGGAGGAGGAAGAGCAAGACUCAGAGGAGCAGGAUCUUUCUGCAAGCCAGGGCGAGGGCCACAGCACAGCAGCCAGGGUCCGAAAAAGGAAGAGCACAAAGGGUGCAACAGAUGCAGUUCCUCCAUUGAGAGGUGAAGCGGAGGAGAAGGUCAGAAGCAGGCGCCAAAGAGACUUUGAUGUAGAGCAGGAGGCUGAAGAGCUUGCAGACAGUGACAGUGACACAAGGAAAAAGGAGCAAGGUCGGAGUUUGGAAGAGUUAUGGACUCAGAACCAGCAGAAGCUGUUAGAGCUGGCACUGCAACAGUACCCCAAGGGCACCGGCGAGCGCUGGGAUAAAAUUGCCAAAUGUGUGCCCGGGAAAAGCAAGGAGGACUGUAUAUGUCGCUACAAGCUGCUGGUGGAAUUGGUGCAGAAGAAGAAACAGGCUAAAAGCUGAUGCCGGUGCGUUCUACGUGUCCUUCUGUUGUACUGCAUGGAGAAUGGAUCGGCCCAGGCAGCGAGUCUAUACCUCAGUAUUCCCUUCAACAUGUUACGUGCCUUAGAAUGAAUGUUGCCAUCAGAAAUAUUUCAUGUGUUUAAAAAAUAAACAUAUUUUUAUACCAGAA